AUUCAAGAUGUCAGCCUCCAUACUAAGAAAAAUGUUUUGCUUAAAAAGUGCGAUUUGUUGCCAAGACAAGCUAUUAUCAUAUGUAUUUAGAAAGCAGAAUAUAUGUGCUACAUCAUAUCUUUCUAAAUAUAGCAUUGAAAAAAAAUCUGAUAAAAAAUUGUCAAAGUUAUUGUCCGGAAAGUCUGCAGGCAUCAGUAAAAAGAAAAAGUGGUAUGAAAAUAAGCCAACUCCCACAUUUAUGGCUAGCAGUAUACAGGAAAGUGGUUCCAAGAGAAAAGUUAGUCAAAAACACUCCCAACGGCUUGAUCAGUUAAACACUGUCAUCUUUAGAAACAUCACAGAUUUAUUGGCUACUGGGAUCGGUGGUGAAGAUAUCCUGUCUCUACAUGUACAAAUCUCAAAGGUAAAGAUGGUGUCUGAUAUGAGCGGAGUCAACGUGUACUGGGUAGCUACGGGAGAUCUGGAAAGGGAUUCCCAGAUCCAAACUCUAUUGGAUAACGCCGCAUACAAGUUAAGGUCAGCACUUAUACAGCAAGGAACACUGGGGUCUCUUCCGAACCUGACCUUUUUGAAAGAUCUCACGCAAUCACGAUUUCUCCAAAUUGAGGAUAUGCUUCAGAAAGCUGACACUGGUUAUGAUAUUAAUUCCACCGAUUCUUUAAAUGACGUGAAGGUGUAUAAACCAAUCACAGAUAAGGCAUCACUGCAAGAUUAUAUUAAUAAUAUCAAGGUGCCUUUGAAGGAGCUUGUUGAGGAGGAAUUAAACGAAGCACAAAUUAGCGACAGAAAGGACAAAGGUAGCUACUGGAUAUCUGAUGAACUACAACAUGUUGAUUUUGAUGAAAAAUCGGUCAAACCAACCAAUGGUGGUGAAAAAGUUAGCGAGUCUCUCGGUAAAUCUGAGGAUGAUGACUCUGAGGUUUUAGAUUUAAACCAUGCUGAUAUUAUGUCGCAAAUCAUGACAUCAAAAUUAAAGUCCAAGGAUCGUUCAUUUUCCCAAGUAACUGAUAUACCAGAAAAAUAUUAUGACAUGAACAAAAGUGGAGAAUUUAACAGAUUUGUAGAAGAUCGUAAAAAACAAAAAGUUAAAUAUGAAAGCACAGAUAAACAUCUUCAUCGUGAAAUGAGGGAAUCAAGGAGACAGUAUGAAGAUGGAGGUGAAGAUGCUGAAAUUGAAAAUGAAAUAGAUAUGGAUUUUAUUGAUGAAUCCACUCAUAGGCCUAAAUAA